UCCAAGAGCCGCCAUUAUUCUUCAUGCGGAUGACUCAGACAAUAUCGAUCAUCGGUAAUAUUCCGUAUAGCACAGAAAGCAGUUCUAAAAGGAUUGGAUGACUAUGACUGUUGUUUAAAUUUUCCUUAUUUGUAGUCAAUUUAAAAGACGAAGAAAAUGAUUUAAAGUGUGGAUUUGUGUGUUUAUUUUUUUAGAAUGGAUUAUAUAGUGAAGACGGCAGUUCUGGUGUGCGGGCUUAGCUUGUCUUUUGGCGCGGAACCGGUGUAUGUGUCGAAUGGCACCCACAUUGUGAGUUACUCACGUGACGGACCGGAAAUUAAGGCGGUGCUCGGACAGAGGGAUUAUCGAAUUGUCGGAUUAGCGGUGGAUGUUGCGAAGGGAUAUCUUUUCUGGUCGGAUAUAAGCCCUCGAUACCGGGGAGUGUACAGGAGCAAUCUCUAUGGAAACGAAGCCGUGAAACUUGUAGAUGAUGUUGGCGAGAUUAACGGUCUGACAGUGGACUGGGUGUCCCAGCAUGUUUAUUGGACGGACGCUGAGCGGCGGACGGUUGAGGUGUCGGAUUAUGAAGGCAGAAGUCGGCGCGUCCUUGUGUCAACCGACCUCCAGGCGCCCAGGGGUAUCGUCGCCUCUCCACUGUUCGGCUUCUUAUUCUGGGCGGACCAACGGAGCAAACGAAUAGAGCGGUCACUAUUGGACGGAACAAAACGCCGGACAUUGGUCAAAUACGGACAAUACUGGCCAAACCAGCUAGCUGUACAUAAUAAGAACAAACGUCUGUAUUGGGUGGAUGCCAGCGAACACGCUGUCAUCUCGUGCUCGUUGAGCGGCAAGCACGUGCGAGAGGAGGUCAACUACGGGGUUGUGGCGAAGAACGCUCCAGGCUUUGGGCUCUUGGUGUUCGGGAACACGGCCCUUAUCUCAACGUGGUUUAACACGGGGCUGUACUCCCUCCUUCUAGGCGGCAAGAAAUUGGUGUGGCAGCAAGAAGCUACAGGUCUAGGCACAAGGGACCUCUACAGCAUUGUCAGCCUGAAUCCGUCCACACAACCUAUGACGUACCACGUAUGCAUGGAAGAAGAUCGGGGCGGCUGCUCGCACCUCUGUCUGCCAUCAAGCCGCUCCCUGCACGUGUGCGCGUGCCCCACGUAUGGCGGCCUUACUCUCCUACCUGAUGGAAAGACCUGUGCAGUUCCCGAUGAGAUUCUUCUGACAGCGAGCGCGGCUGGCGGCACUGUUGGGUUUCUACCACUGGACGCCGGCCGCAAAUUGGAACCGGAUUUCACGGUUGUUGGUUCCUCCAGUCGGCCGUUCGCCGUCGGCUACGAUCCCGUCCGACAGACUGUAUACUGGAGUGACGGUGCUGACCGCGCCAUAUAUAUGUCAAGUCUGAUCGGAAGUGACCAACACGUGCUCCUGGACCAUACACACGGGCUGGGCAAAGUGUCAAGUAUACAGUAUGUAGCGGAGACGGGGUCCCUGUAUUUCCUUAACAUUGUUGGAGAUGGGUACGCGAGUUUGGAGCGAGUCACGACCCCCGGAGACAACAGUAGACGAGUCACCCUCGUUCGAAACUUAGAUAAACCUGUAGACUUUACAGUAGACGCAGAAAAAAGUGUUAUAUACGUAGCAACAGAUGGUGGUGAGCCUAAAAUUAUUCGCACAGACCUUGAGGGCGGUAACUUUAAAGAGUUUCGAUUAAAGGAUGGACAGACGCCCGUGGGUGUAGCCGCACGGGAGGGGGCGGUUAUUGUUGCUGUGUUACAGAACGAGGGUGAGGACAGACAGACAGUUCUGGAGGAGGUUGAUUUGGAUACGGGGACGCUAGUAAGCACUCCGCUACACAACACUUCCAUAUCUGACCUCAGCGUCGGACCGGAAGUACUGUACUUGACCGGAAGUGACGUAAUCAUGUACCUGAACAGCUCACACCCGGGUACCCUGUACCGGGGUUUCCAGGCUUCAGACAUUCUCUACACCAAAACUAGUGCCCAAAACUCUUCAGACGACAUCAUACAUGCCUGUAUGGGCUAUGGAUGCCCUUGUGAUCCAGCCAAACCCAAUGACCUGCCGUGCUCGUGUGGAACCGGGAGUGUCAUAGACACCAGAAAGGAAAAUACACACUGUUCUACACUCCCAGAUAACAUGCUGUUGUUCGCUGACGUCAACACAAUCAACUUACUUCCGCUGGAUAAUGACGUCAUGAGUAAACCACUUGUUCUGCAUUACGGUGACGUCGACACGCGCAUUGAUUCAAUAGCUUACGACAACCAGGGACACCUGUACUGGAAUGAUGAACUCACGAAUUCUAUAUUUAUGACGUCACUCCACAACAUAGAACCGGUGCUCGUGUACCGUGACGAGGGUCCCAUUUCUGGUCUCCAACUUGACAGCUUCAGGGGCCGCCUAUACUGGGUGGGAGAGUUGGGGUCAGACUGGUUUAUUGCCACUUUGAACCUCGAAAAGGGACUGCAGUCUUACAGACGAAUUUUAAAACUGCCUCACGAGAUUUCGACCCUUGCUUUACAUCCGAUUGGAAAAUGGCUGUACUUCAUUGAGAGGGACGGGGCCGGCGUCCGUGUCUCCUCGUGCAAAACAUCCGGGCGGCGAUAUCGUCAGGUGGUGACAGACGGGCUGCUGGCGCCCUCAAGCCUCCACAUUACGGACGACCGGAUGUACAUCGGCGAAAAUACAGGGGGAAUCGUGGUCUAUCGUAUCCAGGAUGUUGCCGUAGAAGAUGUAUACCUGCCAUCUACCGGUGUUUCCGGCUUACUCGUGCACAACAAUCACGUGGUAUUUUCGGAUGACGUUAUCGGUGAUGUCAAAUCUUACAGCAUGAUAACGAAAAAGGUUCAGGUGCUGGCUUCCGGUCUCCGGCGACCUGGGUCACUUUUGCUCAGACAUCCCAAAGACAUGGAUGGUGCAUGUGAAAAGGAGGGUGUCGUCUGCUCUGACAUCUGCGUUUCUAUGUUUCUGGACGACUUCCGGUGCACUUGCUAUAAAGGGCGGGAACUCGCCGGGGAUGGUUUCACUUGCUUAGAUACCGUUCAACCAACGUCUCAUGAACCAGUAGCAAGCUCAACCGACGUUGACGUAACCAGCACUGCAAACGUUAUCUAUCCCAAACCGGACGUCAACCCCCCUGAGUCACUUCCUCAAAACGAAACAACAACCAACAUUUACUCAUCUACAAACUUUAAACAAACGUUUAUUAACCCGGAAACGUCAUCAGUGAGCUCUUCUCCUAUUAUAACCGUCUCCACAGCAAUACGGGCAACGACGGCAGAAGAGUUUGAAUUAACUAACGGAACCACCGUUGCUGAUGAGGAGAACAAAGAAUAUUAUAACGUUACGUCUGCUGUUACUUCUAGAUCUACUGACGUCACUUCAGUUGUCACAUCCGGUAGUCCGGGGGCUGGGUCCCGACACAGCGGGGAGCCGCGACCGACACAGCCGACUGUGGCGUCCACAGACCAGCCGGAAGAGGCUACUACGUCAGAGGAAUGGCCACACGUGGGGCUUAUUGACGUUGAUCUGUAUGAUACUGUUAGAGCCGACUCGCUUUGCUUAUUCAGUAAAACUGCGAUCGCUCGAGGUCAUUGCAAGUCUGUCCCUGUUACAGCUUCCCCGUACUUUGAGAACUGUCCAGAGAACGAGACGAUCAUUGUUACCUUGCCGACGACCGACAGUAUCACAGAAAUCCCUAUCCGACCUGCAGGUUACUCCAGUGACGGAACUUUGCUCGCUGUGCACGGGAACUUUGAGAUGACCGACAACGGGUUUCUAGUGCGCUGGUUGGGAGAGCAAGAGGAUAGCCGCCAUGACGCCGUGUUUUCGGUGACGGACUCCCUGCAGCAGACCGCCAAGUGCCACUUCCGGAUAAUCCUUCAAGAUGUUGACGAACCUCAAUUCACCUAUUGCCCAGACACAGUUAAGGUUCGCACGGACCAGAUAAGCGCCCUUGUGAACUGGACCAUUCCGGAAGUGAGAGACAACACGGGCCUACGACUGGUUACAAGCUCCAAUAGCCCCGGGAACCACUUCCGGCCCGGCGAGCACCUCGUAAAUUACACGGCGGUAGAUUACGCCGGAAACAAGGCGUCUUGUCUGUUCUCCGUUUUUGUCCUUCAUGACACGUUCUGUAACCUCCCGCCAAUCGAGCAUGGGGGCGUUAUCUGUAGCCAUGGUGACGAGGUCCACGGAGACUGCCGGGUAAUCUGUGAGGGCGGAUUCGCUGUGAGCCCCCUCAGGGCUGUCCGCAGAGUCUUCAACUGUAAACGUGCCGAGGACGUUGACGCUGUAAGAACGGCGGUGGAGAAGCAUCAAGCCUGUAUCAAAAAUGAUUACCCUUCGGUUCUCGCCCAAGAGUACCGAGUAGUCUUCAAUGGACCCAUUCACCAACAUAAGGAUGAGAUUCAUGACAACUUGAACAUGGCCAUAUCAAAUCACCUGAAGCGAGAGGAAUUGUGUGACACAAAAUAUUGUAACGUCACAAACAUAACAUUGCGCUGUGACGUGGAGAGUGACGUCAUAUACAGCAGCAAUGUCACGUGCUUAGAUGAACAGAACAGAACAGAGUUCUUCAUCGUCUUCAAUGUUUCUCUACGAAAUGACACGAAAAUCCAGCCGGAAGUAGAUUUAAACAGGCAGCUUGAGCGAAUCGAGCUGGAGGUGCUGUCGCUCACGUCCGUGUUGCACGUGCAAGUUGAGGGUCACAUGUUCACCGCCAUCCCUGACAGCCUGGUCAGCUCGCCUCCUGUGUGGGCAUGUCCCCCUGGCCGAGUACCGGAAAACGGCAUCUGUAUUUCGUGUCCGCCAGGGACUUUUCACAACACCAGCAGUGGGGAGUGUGAAUAUUGCAGUACGGGCCGCUAUCAGCCCGCGAGCAGUCAGAUCGCCUGCCAAACGUGCUCACCCGGCCGCCGUUCGCCGCCGGGCGCCAUUUCCUCGGAACAAUGUCAUAUGUUGCCUUCCAUGGAUGAGAUGACGUUGUUUAUCAUUGUGACCACGUGCUCGUUCGGUGUCGUCUUCCUUUGUAUGGCGGUGACGUUGUACCUCCAAUUCCAACGUCAACAGAAACGUAAUCAGCAGCCACCCAAUCAAAAGAAAACUAGAUACAAUAUCACGCCUAAUAUGUACGUUGCUCCGCCCCCAAUCCUGAAAUCAAAGCUUGACGAAAACUUCACUCACAGCGAGAAAACCUACAGUAUUGACAGGAAACAGCCGGUGAACAUCUUCUCAAACCACGACUACGAUGACCUGUCACAUUACAAGAGUGGCUCGCCUUUUCAACAUGACGUUCUCAGCAUGUUGCAGAGUGACUACUCACCCGGUGACGAGUUACCAACAGCGAAUUUAUCCCGCGAAAAUACAUUUUCAAACCCUACCUACUCCCCGCUAGGUUUUCACAGGAAUGAGAGAGGCUCGUUACAGCGCACCACACCCUCCCCCGGGCCUCAACGGAAGAUGUCACAUGACAGCACCUUUUCUAACCAAUCACCGCGCAUGGGACGGGCCUUCGGAACGCCAACAAGUGACACGCCCCUCAUCACCCAAUCACCGCUUUUGCGCAUGAAAUUGGCGGCGUAUAAUUUGAAUCACGAGGAUUGAAACACAAAACCUUUAGUGUUUUGAGCAUUCCAUAAUAUAAAGUUCUUUGAACGCGUUGAGCUGGUAUAUAUCCGAUAUAAAAACACACUUAAAUGUCAAACCAUUGCUUGCUAUUUGAUAAGUGUGGCAGUGUGUUACUAAUCAGAGUAAGUAUGCAUAAAAACGCUUUAAAAGUGUGGACUUGUUUCUAGUCACGUAAAUUAGAACCCUUUUAAGCAAAUAUGUGUUUCACUUUAAAAGAUUUUACUAAUCAUCAUCAGUACAUGUUCUAAAUAACACAUUAUCACGCAAGUUUGAAUAAUAAUUAAUACUUGUUAAUCGAAAUUGUAUAACGGGCAUGUAUAAUUUUCGGCUGAUGUUCAGCUGAUUUUUUAUUCUAUUGUUUUCAAAUGCGUACCUGUUUAACUAUAACAUAUAAAGUAUGAAUUUCGAGAAACAAACGAAAGAGUUAGCAGGAAAAAUGAGUUUAGUGAUAAAUAUUUAAUCACAUUAUUUUUUCCUAUCAUCACGUGAUUUGCUAUGUGGCAGGGACUAUUUUAAGAAAAAUAUCCCCGCGCGAAGGUUCGGUUAUCUAUCUAGUAAGCAUCUGCUACUUAAAUGUUCAAACUUUACAACUGGCAGAAAGUGUGAACAUGGUGAAUAUGUUAUCCGUCAAAUAAAUAAAAAAGCGUUCAAAUUAAAAUGCCGUUCACAUAAAAACGUACCUCCCGAAACACGUGUAGUAUUAUAUCAGUUAUGUCUCAUUCAUGUAUAGGAAACAUAAGUUAUUUUGUAAGUUAUUGUUGUAUGAAUUAUAAUGCAAAUGUAUGCCAUAUGCUUUACAUGAAGUAAGAUGUUUAUAUUUUGUAUAUGUAACCAUCACUGAGUUUCCAAAGAAAAUUGUGGUGUGUAAAUUUAUAAGACUUCACGGAGUGGCUUUGUUUUUUGUUUACUAAUUUAUAACUAUUGUGUGCAAUAUUACACUUGUAUUUGUGGUGUUUGAUUUUUGUGUAACUGAAAUUGAUGGAACAUCUUUAGAACUUAUUAUGUUUAUGUUUUUGAUCGUAUGACGAUCGCUAUAAUUAUGUGUAUACUAUAGUAACUAUUAACACAUGUUGUUCAUGGUUUAUUAGUCCUGGGCCCAUUUGCAUUAACGUAUUAAGUCGGAGUUUAAGACACUCAAAAUUCCUGUACCUGUUACAAAUAACCUAUUCUACUGGCAUACAUCUUUUUCAAGAAUUUAGUUUAAUCAUAGAUAGUUUAUACCAAUCUCAAAUGUUCCUAUAUUAUAGCAUUUUUACAAAAAUAAAUUUGUCCGUUUUUGAUUCUGAGCCUCAAGAAGAAAGUAAAUACCCAGCUACCAUCUUCACGAACGUCCUGAGUCUGAACGCAAAAUUGUUAUUACUCUUGUAUUGUAAAAAAGCUUCUGGGGAAAUUUGUUGUACAUGUGUACAAUAUAAGACAUGGUAAAAAUGAUCUCUGAGUCUAAGCUUCAAACGCAGACGCAAGGCGUUAGUGACUAUUGGCCUGGGUGACGUCAUCCACUGUGGUGUAGUGGAUAGGAUACUGAACCGGCAUUCCAGCGCACACGAGUUCGGUCAGUGUGGUGCGGCAGCAUGUUUUUACUGCAAUUUACCUGUAGUUUUAGGACUUAAUAUGAGUACAAACAUUUGAUAAUGUGCAAUAACAUAGAUAUUUGUAUAUAAAUGGUGCAACAAAUUUCUAUGUGACAAGACAUUUAUCAUUAACGAAGCACUGAGUAGUUGCAAAUGUCUGAAACUCUUUACAGUCUUACUGUGGCUUCCAAGUUUCCAGGUUUGAAGAACUAAAUUCUUUCAAGACAGUAUAAGAAAAGAAGAAACAUGUUGAAAAAAUGUUACGACAAAGAAUGGAAAAUGCAAUGUAAAAAGUUAAAUAAGAAAUUAAAAUACGCAUAUAAAUGUUAUAUUAACUUUGUCAGUUUGUGACUAUUCUCUCCAAAGUCGAACUAUAAUUGACGUUUAGUUUUUUUUGGAUAAGUUUUCUCUUUUUACAAUCGAUAUUUAAAGUACAUUUAAUCCAGGCCUACUUAGGUAUUAACACUACUCAUUUGUAUUAUAUCAUCGUCGGCAACCCCGAUACCAUAUUCCGUUUAGUCAAAGGUUAUAAGUCAAUACGACAGAACAGAACUGUGUACCGGGGUUAUCCGGCGCUGUUCACCAAUAUGAUCAUUGCGAUGUGUUACAGUGUGAUGUUUGUAUGUUUUGCUUAUUUUUCAUUGUUUCUAUAACAUUUUCAAAUACCAUUUUGUACAUUUUUCUUGACAUAAAAACAAUUUUAACAAAUAAAGAUGUUGUCUU